AUGGAAAACUGGCAUCACGUGGGUACCAAGGAUAACCCCUCUGACUUGGUCUCCAGAGGCUUCGAUCUACUAGCGCUAGCCGCUAGCGAGUUAUGGUUCCAUAACGGUAUUCUGCAUGUAGGAGGCCUCAUUAGUCAAUCUGAUUUGCCUUCUCAUAGGAAGUCUCCCAUGUUAUUACCAGCUCGUCAUCAUGUAACAGAUUUCAUUCUCAGGUACGAGCACCUGCGGCUGCUGCACGCUGGACUACAGAUGACGCUGAGCAUCGUGAGGAGUCGCUUCUGGUCGGUGCAGGCGCCUAAUAGAUUUAGACGAGGUAAGUGUACGGAGCUUCUCAGUGAUAACGCCACCACGUUCAAGGGCGCAGAGAAGGAGCUUCACGGUCUCUAUAAGGUGCUGAAGCGUAAUCCCGAAUAA